AUGUACACAACUCACAAGGGAGACAGACCUGUGAAGACAGCAGCUGGAGCAUCUGAGUUGGGACUAGAAAAUGCAUCUCAUGAAGCAGAUGUGGACAACAGACAGGGUCACAUUAACAAAAGAUUUGGUGAGGGAGAGGGAGUCAAGAUCAUUCAGAACACUGACAAUGUCACCAUCGAUUUCUUCCUUGGUGUUGUGCAGCUUGAGCUUUUGCUCAAAAUCCUCCCAAAUCUCUUUGCAACUUCCAUCCCCUCCUCGACCUGUCUCACGUCGAGUCAGACCAGCAUGAAGGAGGAGUGUGACAAUGUCCAAGUUCCCAGUGCAGGCAGCCAGGUGGAGCGGAAUGUUGUUGACACAAUCCUUGGCAUUGGGGUCAGCCCCAUUCUGGAGCAACACCCGCACCACUUCGGUGAAGCCUCGACUGGCUGCUAUGUGAAGGGCAAGGCUGCCACUCGCAACUUCCGACCCCCUGUGGAUGCAUUCACAGAUAGAAUCUCUAUGACUACUGACCUGUGCCAGCAUGCGCUCGCUUGUGUUUUUGGUGGUAACUUUGACGAAAAUGAUGGCCGGAAAGAUCACACAGAUGAUGGUUCCUAUAGUGGACCCCAGCAGACUCAGCACAACCUCGAUGUUUGGAAGGUAAAUCCCAGCCAAAAGAGAUCCAAAGACCAUCACAAAUGUGAUGACUUUGAAUUUGCCCUCCGGUAUGUAUGUGCUGCUCAGUUCACCUGCUGCCCCAUGCUGAAAUCCAUUUCCAUUGCCAUCAAGCAACUGUCAGCAGGAACAUCACAGGCAUCGGAUUAUUAUCAUGGGAAGAGGCAGAGGGGAAAAGACACAGCCACUGACAUCAGGAAGCAAAGCUUCACAGAUUCUGCCAGGAUGGUUGAUGGAAAGGCCACCAGGAUGUUUCCAGGGAUGCGACUGAUUGCGGAGCCGACUCGAGAUCCAGGAUUUGGCCUACCCUUAGGCCUAGGCCAGGCCCCCACAAAAAACACUGUCACCAAUGACUUGAUAUAUCAAGAAUAA